CGGAAACUUCCUUCCGAUGUCCCGGAUACACGUUGAUUGGGAUGUAAAGCUAUUUUUUGCUUUGCACUGUGAAAAAUGACGCAAGAAUGUGAUCACGUGCCUAUUGCAUGAUAUCAAAGAUAGUUUUCAAUGAUAUUGUCAUGGUGAUUCCUGGAGUUGCUGCCGGUAGUUUUGCUUGAAUAUACUGUGAUAGCAACAAGUGUCUACUCGAAGAGAGAGAAAAAUCAACAUGAUUACUGUACGUGCUGGAACCUACCUUUCUCCGAGCAUUCCGGUGGAAUAUUUUGAAAUGAUAUUGCAAUAUUUGGAGUCCAAAUUGGGAAUUCAUACCACUUUGCUCUAUGAAUCUCGCUGGGAAGGACCUAGAGCUGAUCGUGAAGAUCCUUUUCUGUCUGGGUAUUUAGAUUUAGCUUGGAUGAGCAGCACUGUAUUUUUACGAAUGCUAAAACAUUCCAGUCCUAUUGAAUUGUUGCCUGUUUCUUCAGUGCAUAUUCAUCCUCGUGGUGAGGAUCAUCCAGGCUAUUAUUCUGAUGUCAUAAUGCAUAAGGAUCUUAGUGAAAAGGUGAAGGAAUUCAUUGAUCUUAGAGGUUGCAAGUGGGCAUACAAUUGUGAGGAAUCUCUUAGUGGACAUGUUAUAACACUAAAGAAUUUAAAGGCAUUAGGAGAAAAUGCAACAUUUUUUGGAAAUAUAUUGUACUCAGGAUCUCACUUGGAAUCAAUAAAAAUGGUAAUAGCAAAGAAGGUAGAUGCAGCUGCUGUUGAUGCAAACUGUUUGGCCUUAUUCCUGGAACAUAAUCCUCAUGUUGCCGAUGAAAUAGUCACUUUAACAUCAUGGGGAAUUCUGCCACCUUAUCCUUUUGUUGUGAAUGCAAAAUUAGAAGAUACAAUUAAAAAUGAUAUUUCUGAUUGUCUGCUGAACAUGCAUAAAGACCCUGAAGGUCAGAAACGAUUACGGGAGUUUAAUGUUCAAAAAUUUGCUACAAUUAGCGUAGAAGAUUUUGAUAAAGAGCAACUUAUGAUUGACAGCACAAAAGGCCUGCGAUUUGGAACAACCUAUUACUGAAUUAUUUUUGUGAAUUCAUUUUAAGGUGAUCCCAUUAAAGCCUGAAUAGUGUACUUAAUGUUGAUUUCUGUAGGUUGUAAGAUUUAAGCAUUGAAUUAUUAGUUAUUUUUAGAGGUAUUUAUUUUUUAGAUUACAUGGGGGAUCGGAGAAAUGUUUUAAUUGAAUGUGUUAUAAUUAAAGCAUCAAACUAAAAUACCAUGUUUUAAUGAAGCAAACAAUAUUUUUCAGCUUUUAUUUUGUGCAGUGUCUUUUAGCAAUUUCUCAAUCAUCAAAGUUGGAAGUGUUACCUCAUGGUUGAAAGGUGUUUGAAUGUUUAUAUAAACUGAUAUGGAUGAAUAGUGUUGCCCCCCUCCCCCAGACCGAAAAAAGGGGGCAGGUUACUUCCAGACAAAAGGGUACUUUAAUUCAAUGAAAAGGGUAAUUUCUAAUAGAAAUCUUGUGUCAGAAAAUGUGGGUUUUUUUUUUUUUUUAACCUUUUUUUGUAUACUAUACUUGGAUUUGUAUAAAACCCAAGUAUUUUUCAAUGGUACUAAUUUUUUUAAAUAAUAAAAGGCUUUUUAAUGUUCUUAUUUAAAAGUUGUACAACUAACAGAGGAAAUUCAUAUUGAUAAUUAUAUCAAAUUCUGGUGGAUAAGGAAAUAAUGGUAGAGUGAAAACUAUGUAAGUUGACCACUUGUGGUGCACUACUUGAGUGGUCAACUUAUAGAGGUAGAUUUAUAUGAUAAUAUAUGAUAACUAAUUCUGUUCCUGAAAAACGCUGUCAACUUAGACAGGUGGUCAAUUUUACAUGUUUUACUGUAUUAUAUAUGAGGCCCCUAGUUUCAAAACCGGAUACUUGCAAAAAAUUCCAUUUUCUUUUUUUUUUUUUUUUUGCUAAUCUUGUAGAGAAUAAUAAGGCCUAUUUGCCUGCUCAAUAUUAGGUUCAAAAACCGCUUCUUUCCCCCUUGAAAUGGGGCUGGAAGGUCUGUCUCAGUUUCAAAACCGGACUUUUUACAAGUUGAGCGUUUGUCCGCUCCUACAAGUAUCCGGUUUUGAAACUAGGGGCCUCAUAUCAAGACCAGGCUUGAAAGAAACUUUACCUUUCCAAAAAGUUCUUUUUUGUGUUCAAGUUUUGUAAAAUUUCAAAGGGCAAGGGGCACAUUGAGAAAUGCCAAAAAAGAAGGCAGUGUGCAGUAUCCUGUCGAAAAUGCCUGGGGGAAACACUACAUGAAUAUUUGCUAUAAAUAUAAUAUAAUAUUAAAAUGAGCUUACAAUUGAAGUGAAACGUAUUUUUCAUAUAUAUUUUACUAUUUAAAAGAGCUAGAAGAAUGUUUUUUUUAAUAUUGAUUAAUA